AUGGAGGCUUUGGCGAAGCCUUCUCAGAAAGGAACAGAAUCGGGAAAGAGAACAGAAACAGCAGCCAAUGCUAGGGAGCCAGAAUCACCCUUCGUCUUGGAUGUGCCCAAGCUCCGUUCUUUGCCUUCCGAGCAACAGGGCCUAUACCUAUUAACGUUUACUGCCGACCUUGCGCGCCAUGCCGAAGGACUAAGCGACGAAGAGAACAGUCGCGUGCAAGGAGACAUCAAGAAGGAACUAUACAAAGUCAUAUGCUUGAUUUCUCCACCGCCUUCGCGCGUGAUCAGGAAGAAUGUUGGGCGAUGCUGGGCAAGCCUUUUCAGCAAAGAAAGCAGGCGGGUCCUGUAUGAGUCUAUCAAUGAGCUAGUGGCUGUAAUAGCUUCUGGCAGGGAGAAAGAGCCAAAGACGAAGCAUGCGGCAAUAUACUGCUUAGGCGCCAUAUUCGAAGCAGCUGGCGACAGUGCUACAAGUCUGUCGCCUCUGGCUGUCAAUGCCAUCCUCAAACAUUUGAAAGCUGCAGCAAGUGAUGCAGGAUUGCGCAGUGCCAUCUUCCGAGCAUGUGCACGUAUCGCGAGAGGCAUCAGAGUGGCUAUCGAUGAAGAGCUUGGACGCGCAAUCUGGAAACAAGCUCGGAACGCCGCCGGCAGCGACAAGUCAUUGCUUGUUCAGCAAUCGGCGUUCGAAGCUCUCACUGAGCUGGUUCAGACCACGUCCUACUUUGACGAUUCGAACGCAUUUGAAAAGCUUCAGGCAGCGGUAUGGAGAGCGAUGGAAAGUCCAUCGACGCGUGUACGGCACGCUGCGGCAUCAUGCCUGGCUGCGCAACUUGUGAAGAGCUACACGGAGGUCGCAAGCAAGCAUGUUCUCAAGACCAAGAAGCCGAAAAAGUCGAAGAAGAACGAUAAAGUGGAAGAAUUGGAAGAGGACUCCGCAGGAAGACCGUCAUCUCCUGCUCCGGAUAAGCCAGCAACGGCUCUGUCAUUCACAUUGCAGGAAAUCUUGAAGAUCCUCUCCACGCAGUUCUGUAAGCCAUCAACGCCGAAUAGAGGCCGUGCUGGCAUAGCAGUCUGCUACGUGAAAGUCUUGAGAGCACUGGGAGAGAGCGUCGUUGAGAAUAAAUAUGGCGAGAUCGCAAGGCACCUGUUCUAUGAGCUGUCAAACUAUGCUGGAUGGCAAUACAACAAAUAUCGACAGCUUAUGGCACGCAAGUACGUCCGCCUCAUCCUGGAACGUGCUGUUGGCAGCAUGAUAGGCGAAACGGCGCAGCUUAACGCUUGUCGAUUCCUGAUCAACGAUAUCAUCAAAGACUAUCCGCAAGCUGUCAAGGAGCGGCCAGAGCCUCCUAAGGCUGUCCUGAUAGGCGCAAUCAGUGCUUUGAGCUCACUCAUACAUCGCAUCGACUCCGCAGUCGCAGUCAUCGCCGAGCACUGUCGGGAGGGUUUGAUUCAAGUGCUGCAGCAUCCUAGCUUCACUGUUCAGAUCCAAGCGGCUCGAGCACUGCGGACUUUCGUACUCGCCUGCCCACAGCAGUUACUGCCGACAGUCACGAUUUGCAUGAACAGCGUGGGUCGCGAGCUUAACUUGCUUGGAGGUCCUAGGCAGAGUCAACGGAGAUGUCUGGGCUACGCAUACGGCCUCGCCGCUAUUCUAAGCACUUCUACGCAUCAUCCUCUAUAUGGAUCGGUCGAUGUGUACGCUCGCGUGUUUCAGAAAGCCACUGAGUUGCUCAAGUCCAGUGGCAGCACCGAUCUGCGCAAUUCGAGCUGCCAGUUGCAAGUAGCUUGGAUUAUGAUAGGCGGACUCAUGUCGUUGGGCCCGAACUUCGUCAAAAUACACCUAGCACAACUCAUGUUGUUGUGGAGGAACGCUCUACCCAAGCCGAUGCUGAAAGAGAACAUGGGUCAACGCAACAUGCUGGAGCUGAGCUACCUUUCUCACGUCCGCGAGUGCGCCCUUGGCUCAAUCAAAGCUUUUCUCACGUUCAACCAGCGGCUCUUGACCUCUGAUAUAUCACGCCGUCUGUCGGCUAUGCUGGAGAAUACUGUAUCGUUCCUACAAAAUUUGCCCUCCAAAAGGACCAGUGACGAGCCCUCCAAUCGCCUGACUGCAGCAUUGCAGCUCCAAGACUACGAGGUUAUGGUCAGACGACGUGUUUUCGAGUGCUUCACCCAGCUACUCUGCCUCAGCCCAGCAGGCAGCAUCGAGGCCACUGCGUCAUCAACGAUCUUGCCACUCGCUGUGGCGUCCUUCUCGGAUGUAGAGCAUGAUGCUCCAAACUCGCUCGCUGCUGCAAUUGCCACUGCUGCGGCUUCUUUGGAGAGCAUCUGGGAUCUCGGAGAUAACUAUGGCUUCGGCGUGACAGGUCGCAUCCACGGCCUUGACCUGCGAAGCCCGAUCGAUGGAAAGCGAGAAAGGCAUUGGUCAAGCCAUGAUGAGGUGGAGUCCGAGAUUGACGAGACCAUACUUUCGCCUGUUGGCAAAGCAAUCGAGAAUGAUGCCACAUGCUGCUACCUUGGAGCUGCCUAUGGCGAACACGACCGCCCUGGUCCCCCAGCCACAGAAGCCGUUGAUGCCGCAAUAGCUGCAUUUGCGCUAGCUUUCCCGCUACAAUCGCCACGUAUCCAAGAUAGCACUCUGGAGCAGAUUGCAGGAUCCAUGAGUGCAGUCUUACCAAAAGAGCCAUUCAGAAAGGUCGCCAUCACUGCCAAUGUAGCUCUAGCCCUUUUUACGACACUUCGAGUGGCGACCGGUGACGCGGGCUCGACCAAGGGAGAGCUGAGAAACAUGAAAGCUGAACAGUCUAUUCAGAGUCUGCUUCAUGUGUGCGUCCAGGAUCCAGAUCAAAGCAUCAGGUCUAUUGCAGCAGCCGCACUUGGUCGACUUUGCUUGAGCUCUGGUACAGCUUUAACCGGCUCUGAGGUCACCUGGCUGACUGAGAAGAUUGUCAAGAACCGGGAGCCUCACGUCCGCGCAGGCUGUGCCAGUGCUCUGGCUAACAUCCAUUCGCAGCUCGGAGGCAUGGCUGCUGGCCUGCAUAUGAAGAACAUCGUAGGCAUUUUGAUGUCACUCGCAGCCGACACUCAUCCUUUGGUCCAUUUCUGGGCGCUCGACAGCCUCGCGCAAAUUGCGGAGUCGGCAGGCCUCAACUUCUCGCCGUACGUGACGAGCUCAAUCGGCAUGCUUAGUCAACUUUACGUUUCGGAUGGUCACAACGAAGAGACGCUGGCGCAAGCCUCCUCCAACAUGGAGAUGGAGUUGCCAGUCUCUGCAGCAAUCGCUCGAGGAGUCGAUGCAAUCAUCAAUGUUCUAGGACCAGACCUGCAGGACAUGGCCAAGGCCAGAGAUAUGAUACUAACACUCGUUCGUCUCUUUUCUGAAGAAGAGGAACCUUCAGUCUUGCUUGAGAGCCUGCGGUGCUUAGAACACCUGUCGUUGUAUGCGCCAGGAUACAGCGAAUUUGCCGCUUAUGUGCGGCGAUUGCAAACCGAUAUCGACUCUUCGUCUCCAGAAAUAUCUUCCCUUGCGCUGCAUGGGAUGUUUACGCUGAUGCGACGUGACACGCCAGAGGUGAUAGGUGCUGCGAGACCUGGUCUGGAAGAUCGCCUUUGGGAAUACCUGAAUUUUGAACCAGACCAGAAGUCAAUACAGAAUAUUUUCACAAAUUGGCUGCAGCAGAACGGGUCGAGUGAUCCGGGCGAUUGGAUCCAGCGAUGCAACAAUGUGCUCACGAAGACGAUGACAAGAUCUGAACAAGCACCAAAGACAGCAGUUCCCACCACUCCUGCUGCGCCAGACCUGCAAGAUGAAGAAGAGUUGAUGCGUUGGCAAGUGCGUCUUUUCGCCAUGGAGUGUCUAUUGAACCUGAUCGCGAUGAUCCGUAAGGAAGCCGCCAUAACUGACGAUAGUCCUGGCGAGGCAGCACUUCAAGCCCGGGUCGCCGACGUGAUCCGGAUUGCAUUUUCAGCUUCGACCGCAGGUGUUGCGGCGUUGAGAGUUGUGGGUAUGCAGAUCAUCGACCAGAUCUUGAAGAUGUUUGGCAAGACGCCAGACCCAGACUUCGCUGAAGCGAUGCUGCUCGAACAGUACCAAGCACAGAUCAGCUCGGCGUUGACACCGGCUUUUGCAGCCGACUCAUCGCCUGAGCUCGCUGCCGCAGCCGUGAAUGUCUGCGCUACAUUCAUCGCUACUGGCAUUGUGACUGACCGAGAGCGCAUGGGCCGGAUACUGAAGACGCUCGAGUCAGCGCUAGACAGUUUCUCGCGCGAUACGGAUACAGCCAGCAUUGGCGAUUUGAGAGCGCUGAGUGCAAAUGCUCAGGUUAUGGUUCGCACGGCAGUCUUCUCUGCCUGGGCAGAAUUGCAAAUCGCCAGCGGCGAGCAAAAGUACUUGAUCGAAGUCGUCAAGCCGCACAUUGGCCAGCUUGUGCCUCUUUGGAUUUCAUCUUUGCGCGAGUACGCACGCUUGCGAUUUGAGCCGGACAUCUCUGCAACUACUGCCACUCCUGCGACGUCUGCCGACGUGGAUUUGGUGUAUGCUGCAUUGAACAGAGAAACACUUCUGAAGUUCUAUCAUGCUUCUUGGCUGAGCCUUGUGGAUGCCAUCGCCAGCUUGGUUGACGAGGACAGCGAAUUCGUCUUUGACGCUCUCGACAAUAAGCAUACUGAUCAGAAGAAUGGGGAUGGCGAGCCAGGUGCUGUGAAUGGCAUUGUCCGGAAGAGUACAGGCAUCAAUUAUCGAGAAGAGCCUGUCGCUUUCUUCUUCGUCCUGUAUGGGCUGGCCUUCGAAUCGUUGGCAGUGCGCAGCGUCGACGAUGAUGUGCUUGCACGGCAGCGAAAUCUGGACAUUCUCGAAGCGUUGAAGAAGAUUCUCCGACCGUCAGUCUCAGGCAAUGCAGUAUACCAGGAGGUUGUCUUUUCGGAGACGAUGGACUUGCUCGAUCGAAUGGUCCUCACCGAAAGCCUCGGCGUGCAGCGCGUGAUUGUUGAGAUUGCUCGCAACCUGUGCCUAGUGCAUCCAUCGUCAAGAAAGGGACAGCAAACUCCGAUCAACGGCGAAAAUCUAUCCGACGACAUUGAACAGCUCUUCGAGCUGACGCGUAUCAUAAUCCUGGUCAUCGCUGGACUGGUGCCGGGUCUCGCAGACUCACCAGUCGCUUCGCAUCUCGAGACGUCCGAGGAAGCAAUCGCACUUGUUCGCGCAGCACUCCAAGCUCUGGUCGACGUGUCUGAGGUGUUUCCCUCGAUUAUCAAGACAGAUCUCCAUGCAUCUAUUCUCCAUAUCUUUGUCACCAUCCUCAGCACUGCAAGCUGCCAAGCAGCGGUUUUGCCACAAGCACUUCCGAUCUUCAGAAGAUUCAUUGCCAGCUUGGCCGAGGAUGAAAGACCAAACACUCGACAACAGGUCCAGAACGCUCUAAGACGCAUGUUGGCCAUCUUGAGAAAUGCCCAGAAACGAGAGACCGAAGCCAGUCUACCCUGCGAGAAGAACACCUUGCUUGCAAUCACUGUUCUCUUGUCGGCGGCGCAGUCCUUGUUCGAGACCGAUGAUGCGCUCAUCAUCCGAUACAUAAACGAGCUUCGUGAAAGUCUCGCAGCACCGAACACCACCAAAGUGGCCUCUGGCUGCUACAGAACUCUUCUGCUCCAAGGGGUUGCGCCUCGUCUGGCCUUUUCACAUGCGGUCAGCUUCAUUCUAGAAGCUCCGGAGCUGGAAGGAAUGCAUGAAUCUAAGCUGGUAAUGGCGCACACCUUGACAUCAUAUGUCGCGAAGUUGUCCCCGGCGCAAAAGCCACCGGCAGUCGUUCUCGUCUUGAAUGCGCUGCUCAGUUGUGCCGCCAAAGACGGACCGCAAUCUUAUGCAGGCAUUGCAGCUAGGACUUUGGAGCUUGCCGCUGCCGACAGCGCCACGUUCAGAGCGCUGAUCACAAGCAUGGCUGGAGAGCGCAAGCAACUGAUGGCGCAAGUGCUCAAGUCACAGGCCGGCAAUCGCAACAGCAGACGAGACCCCACGGACCGAGAGCCAACAAUCGCUUUGAAGAUGAAUUUCUGAUCCGGCGACUAUCCACGAGAGGCAUUAUCUGUCGUCGCCUGACGCUGCGACUCAUUUGAUUGUUGCGUCGCCAACUCAUGCUGGUCAGCGUUGUGAGACCUUGCGUUGGCUCGAUCCCCUUCCAGUUUAGUGCUCGCGAACAUGGAAAGCAUUGCCAGAUCAUAGGAAGCCUUCAAGCCACCAGCUACUACAAACGAAAUCCAGAA